GCAGGCGUGAAACUAAGGAAGGCGAAGCCUGCCGAGAAUUCUACCAGUCGUGGCCAAGGAAGGGAAGCGCUGGGAGCCCUUCUCCCUUCCGUUCCUUUUCUUCACCUUCCCCGGAGUUGGAAAUCGGAAUGGCAACAAGAAUGUUGGGGCGGGGGAGUCACGGGCCGGGCAAGAAGUGCUUAUACGAAGGUUACAGCGGUCGCGCUUUGCUCUGAUAGAACGGGCAGGGUGGUUCAGUAGCGGAUCCUUCUGGGAGGAAUCCUGUGUUACCUAUAGUGUACUUUCCUACAGGGAUCCUGUAUUGUUCGGUGUUCGGUCACAGGUAGCAGGUGGAGUUCCCCUGGAAAAAGUCUGUCUGUACGUGAGCGCUCCCCCAACGUCUUUCGCCUACACGAAUCUUUGGCAAAAUUCAGCGUUCGGCAGCUCACUCAGGACCUCUUAUUGCUGCUACCGGGGCUGAAACAUGGUCAAGCGGGCAGGAAAGAGAGCGAGAGCCCACGAGAUGGAGGAUCCUCUCUGUUGCUGCGAGUAUCUCGAUCGGAAGGGCCAGAGGAGCCACCUGGCGGCGUGUUUCUGCGAAUGCGAGGACCUCGACGAGUGCUGUGAAAGGUGGAUGACUUGCAAAUCUUUACCCCCUGGAAUAUUAGAGAGAAUCGCAGACACCUUCAGGGAUCGCUUCCGUUUCCCAUGGAUUAAGGGGGCUGUAAAGAUUGAUAUCAGCCUCCUUCCGCCAGUCAUCUUGCUUCCUUUCUUCCUUCACAUAGCAGCUUUGCACUUCCUUUUGGCCCUCAUCAUCCUGAUAUUGCUUCCUAUACUAGUACUGUGGUAUUACUACCUCACACACAGGAAGAAGGGUCAGACCCUCUUCUUCUUAAGCCUGGGGCUAUUCUCCCUAGGUUACAUGUACUAUGUGUUUCUCCAGGAAGUGGUUCCCCAGGGGCAUGUAGAGUACAGUCAGGUGGCUCUUCUUACUUGUGGCUUAAUCCUGAUGCUUGUAGCCCUACAUCGAGCCAAGGAAGACCCUGGCUACCUUCUCUGCCAAACAAGCAGUGACAAAGCACUUUGCCAAGGCAGCCGUAGUAAUAAGUUCAGCAACAAUGGUCUGGGCAGCCCCAGUGGGCUUUGCAAAGCACCUGCCUCUGGUGUUGCUGUAGACAGUAACACUGAGAGCCACUCCAGAACACUGGAAGCAGCAACAGGUCAGGGCACAGAGGACUGGUGCACCAAGUGUCAGUUGCUUAAACCAGCUCGAGCUGGGCACUGCCGAAUAUGUGGCAGGUGUGUGAAGAGACUGGAUCAUCACUGCAUCUGGAUUAACAACUGUGUUGGAGAACAGAACCAUCAAGCUUUUAUCCUUGCUCUCUUCCUUUUUCUGCUCACUUCAGUGUAUGGGAUUUCUUUGACUUUGGAUACCAUCUGUAGGGGAAAAACCACCCUCAGUGCUCUGUUCUACUGCCCUGGUGUCUAUGGAGAAUACAGUUCAGCCCUGACAUUCACCUGUGUAUGGUACUGUGUCAUUGUAACUUCUGGUAUGGGCUACAUCCUUCUUCUUCAGCUCUUGAACAUCAGCUACAACGUGACUGAGAGGGAGGCUCGAAUUGCGUUACGGGAGAAUACUGGACGGAGGUUGUUAUGGGGUAUAGUGGUUGACAUAGGCCAGUAUAAUCAAGGUUUUCUGUACAAUUGGAUCCAGUUUCUGACUUUGCGCUCACCUGAUCUGCAGCAGUCCACUGAAGAUGUUGUAUGAAGGAGUUUUUAUUUAUUAACUUUAUCAUAUGUAUCUAUAAGGCAUCCUGGGCCUCUCAUCUGCUGCUAGUGAAGCAUGGAGUGUGAAGAUCCUUUGAAGCCAUAUUGCAAGCUAGAACAUCACUUUCUCAGAAACAUGCAAAUACCAAACACUUGGUAGGAAGACCUGGGUAUGGCUGUGAUUGCUUAUAUCCUUCACUUGAUACCUGUUAGUUUCAAGUAAGGAAAUGGAAAUAUAAAACAACCAUCACAAGUGAAAGAAGUGGAGACCUCCCUGUUGUUUGAUAUGACCUUGGGGUUUUGGCAUUUCCUUGGAGGCAGUUCAUACAUUCUGCUCUUGGGUCAUUCUGUGACAUAUAUGAAUAUAUGAAUCAGGCGAUAGGAUUAUAUGCUGGAAGUCAUAGGUUGAGGGAGGCAUAGUCUCACAGUUCCAACAAUGAGUUGCCUUUAAUUCAUUGUUUCUCUAAAUGAAGGGCAGCCCCCUACAUCUCUUGACUCUAAAGAUUCAGAAGAGGAGAAUGUAUCAUAUGUCAAGCCAAAGGUAUUCAACUUCGAGCAGAAAAUACUUCACAAGUUUCCAAUGUGCUAUGCCAAAUAUGAAUUGUGGAGGGGCAGGUUGAUUCCAGGAGGGAUCCUGAUACACCAUUUUCUUGUUCUAAUUUUUCUGUUUGGGAUUCGCCUUUGGAUUCAUGCCCCAAAUUUAGCAGACUGCAUACUUCAUUUCAUGCACUUGUCUGACCAAAAGAUAGUUGUUAUUAUGGGAUAAUCGAGAAGAAGGUUCUCAGUGUCACUUAAUCAUGAUAUAUUGUAGCAAAAAUACUUGAAUUUUUUUUAAUUUUAUUGUUGCAAAUUCUGAUCUUUGUUAAUGGACUUGAUGAAUUAAAAAGGGAACUCCGCUCACUUUCAUGCUUUUACCAGAAAACUCUACAAUGUUGUACUCCUUAAUAUCUUCGUAUUAGAAGAACUGAGAUACAUAAGUGCCUAUAGGAUGGGCUUUUUUUAAAGCUGUGAUUUGCAUGGCUGGGUGGUUUAGGGUUUUUCUUUUUAAUACCAUUACCUCCUUACUUAGAGAAUAUGGUUGCUUUUAAUUAAUAUACUUAUCCCUCACCUCCAAGAUGGCUCAUAAUGAACAAUUAAAAAGGCUGUUUUUCCAUUUAAAUUUAAACUGCCUAGAGUCACUGAGAGUCGGGUGGCAUAUAAAUAAAAUAAAUAAACAUUAAGUAGUUAAUAAAAGCAAGCCCUUAAAACACUUGAAUUCAAAAUCAUAUCAAAUCAGCAACUACUUUAGAUUGAAAAAGAAUACUGCAAAUUGCACAUGAUUAAAAUCACAGCUGAUUAUGGAUCAUCAGCUUAAACUUAGGUUCUUGUUUGAGGGCCUUAUAAGAAUCCAUCAAACUGAUAGUUUUAAACAUUUUAAAACAUGCAAGUGUGAUUUGUAUAAACUUCAGUUCAAUCAAGUAGAAAAGGAAGCUGCAGUUAUAUUGAGAAAAAUAGUUACUUGAAGGACUGGAGAGCGUACAUUUCUUUUGUCUGGUGUAGAGAUGACCAUGUGCUAGAUAAUUUUUUGUAAUUGAUCUGGCAUUUGCUAAAAUUUGCUGUGGUUCUAAUACAUAUGUAGCAACAGCAGCAUUAUUCCGAAGAAGAUACUAACUCAGUUAUGAUAGGAUUAUGUACAUAGUAAAGUCCAAUAGUAGAAAUUUAUUGGGGGGGGGGUUUACAAUAGAAUAUAUUUUUAAAUAGUUUUAUCUUGGCUACAAUCAUAGGGAGUAAUUCACUUGCUGUUGUCAAGGAAGUUUUCUCCUAAUGAAAAAUUGUGCUAUGUUUGCUCUGAUCAAUACCUUGGGGCCUAUAUAAGCUUUAGGUAGCACAAUUUUCAAGUUGAAACAAAUCUGUUUCAUCUGCAUUUGGCACACUGCUGGAAUGUGAAAGAUUAGUAGGACAUCCAUUAGUAGGAUUUUAUCUACAGCAGUUGCUACUUCUGGAGCUUGGUGCUAAUGGGCAACCCACUUGCUGCUUUCAUUCUAUUGAAAAGGAUCUGAUUUUAAAACUUCAGGGUUUUUUAAAUCCCGUCUGUCAGAAUAUUUAAGAAGAAAUCCUCUAGUCCUCAGCAAUUGUGCAGUGCUACGUAGAAUAGAUGCAUAUUUUGAUAAGUAUGUACAAACUGGAAAUUAAAAAGGAAAGUUUUUCUUUCUGUGGUAAUGAUACGUACUCAAGACAAAAUUCAAGUGAGCAUUCCUGGGACAGACUAAAGGCUGAGCAUAGUAUCUUCCUGGGAAAAUAUGGUGUUCUUCUGAGUAGCUAGCUUGUAGCUAGAAUUAAACUCCUUAAUUUUUAAAAAUACAUUUAAUUCCCAGGUUCUCUUUUUAAUAUUCACUUGAAAUGGUAAAUUAUACAACAUACUUAACAAUCGAAAAAAGCUUCUAGAUAGUGUAGGUAGUGCAGCUAUAAAUGAAGAAAUAAUUACUGAUAUAUGUUUGAGAGGGUUUUUUCCCCCUCCUCAAUGCACUAAAAUGAUCAAUUUUGCCUCCAUGUCCUCACCCUAUAUAAUCUCAAAGAAGCUGACAAAAGAUUCUUGCCUUGUGCUGUCAGGACCCAAUGUGAAAAGGCUAGACACUGAAGAUAAAUAUCUUGUAAAAUGAAGGGAUGUUGCAAGGAGCAAUGGAAUGCAUUAACAAUCCACAUUAAUCAACUUUUUAGCUUUCCUCAGGAAAGUUGAAACGAUUACCUCCUGGGUGUCAGAAACAUAACGCACAGUUUUCUGAAGGAAGUGUUGCUAUGUAAAGGCAGUUUAAUGUAGCUACAAUUAGGCUAACUGAAAGAGAUUUCUAAAGCAUCUGUUGUGUAUUGCAAUGAAGUAGAAUAUAAUACCAUCUAGCCUUUUGCACUGAAGGGAAUUCCGAAAUUCUGAAACGGUUAAGAUUGUAUAAUAGCAUUUUCUAUUUAAAAUCUCUUCUGUGUUACUCAGUGAAUUCUAGUGCAGAGGCUAGGGUGAAUUUUUAAGGAGCAGACUUCCUGGGUUGUUUUUGCUGAUCAAGAUCAAAUGCUGGUAAUAUGAAAGCCUUGCUGUGAGCCCAUUGAGAAGCACAGGGGUACAAAUAACCUACUGCUACUUUGUACUUUGUUUGUUUUUUAAUCUGUUCAAUCAUGUCCAAUUUUCAGAAACUGCCUGGACAAGUCCC